UGGCGACUUUCUGGAAAAGGCGGGCGAUAAAAUGCAAAGUAAACGCCGAGGAAUUGGGGGAGAAGAAAACUAAAAAAAAAAGGCAAAAAAGCGUUCUGCUGAGUCACGAAAAGCGACUCGUCCACUUUGCAGUAAUAAUAAAGAAGAGAGAAUCAAGAAAGAAGAAGAGAGUAAAGGGAAGAUCUUGCGACCACACACAAUUUGUGGCUCAGGGCUCACUUUUCCAGGCUGACGUGGCGCUGCCCAUUUCUGGGUUUUAUCAGAUGGAGCUCUCGAACCCGACCCAGACCCGAGCCCUGACUCGCCCUGUCAGAUCUCCCUGCGAGCGAGCGAGUGAGUGAAACUGUGAAAGGACAGAGAGAGAGAGAGACCCAAUCCCAAAGCCAUCGGAUUUAGUGUUUUGUUUUUUGUUUUCUUGGAAUCGGAGGUUUGUGUUUUGCAACGUUGGAAGUUGGAAAGAAGGAAAAAAGUGGGCGCGAAUGUCGGAUUCGAGUAAAGACCCGGCGAUAAAGCUGUUUGGGAAGACAAUCCAGCUCCCGGAAAUUCCGGCCUCGACGGCGCCGGCGACGGAGGGCUCUUGCCCGGACGAUGCUCCCGGCGAUGACAGCUCAGCUCGGCAUGGCUCCGGUUCAGGAAAUGACCCGGCUGAGGACGGCGGGGGCGGAGAAGAAGAUGAACACCUGCAAAAGAAUCAAAAUGGAGGAAAGUUAGAUGAGAGUAAGGAGGAUGAAUCUUUGAUGGCAGAAGAGUUAACUGAUCAGACUAAUGAGAUGGAGACUGAUGAGUUGAAAACGGCGUCUAACAAUAAAGAUUGUGGAGCGAUGAAAAAGUCGGAGGUGGAGGAACAGGGGGAAACGGGUAAUUCACAAGAGAAGGCUCUGAAAAAACCGGACAAGAUACUUCCAUGUCCUCGCUGUAAUAGCAUGGAGACUAAGUUCUGUUAUUUCAACAAUUACAAUGUUAACCAGCCCCGCCACUUCUGCAAGAACUGUCAGAGGUAUUGGACGGCUGGUGGGACGAUGAGGAAUGUACCGGUUGGUGCUGGCCGAAGGAAAAAUAAGAAUUCGGGUUCCCAUUACCGCCAUGUGACCAUCUCGGAGCCCUUUCCAAGUGCUCGAGUAGACCUUCCGAAUGGAAUCCAGCUUCCUACUAUCAAUCCCAAUGGCACCCUUCUUACGUUUGGCUCUGAUACGCCUCUCUGUGAGUCCAUGGCUUCAGUACUGAACAUUGCUGAGAAAACGAUGCAGAACGGUUCGAUAAACGGGUUCCACAAACUCGAGGAGCUUGGAGUUCCGGUCCCUCAUGGAGCUGGAGAUAAUGGAGAUGAUCGUUCGAGUGGAUCCUCGGUCACUGCUGCAAGUACCAAGGACGAAAGUGUAAAAAAUGAAGUGCCAGGGAGACAGAACUGCCCGAACUUCGCUCCUCAGUUGCCAUGCUUCCCCGGUGCUCCUUGGCCUUAUCCAUUGACUGCAGUUCAGUGGAGCUCUGCAAUACCUCCGCCCGGUUACUGCCCUCCUGGCUUUCCUAUGCCAGUUUACCCCGCCCCCGCUUAUUGGGGUUGUGCUGUACCAGGUUCUUGGAGUGUCCCUUGGGUUAGCCCGCCUAUCGCCCCUCAACACCACAUGCCAUCAACUUCCGGCCCUAAUUCUCCAACUUUGGGCAAGCAUUCGCGGGACGAAAACAUGCUGAAACCAGUCAACAGCGAGGGAGAAGAUCCCAAAAAGGAAAGCAAUCCCGAGAAGUGCCUGUGGGUUCCUAAAACUCUCCGAAUUGAUGAUCCCGAAGAUGCUGCAAAAAGUUCUAUCUGGGCAACGUUGGGAAUAAAAAACGACAAAGCUGAUUCAGCCGGCAGUGGCCUUUUCAAGGCCUUCCAGUCAAAAGACGACGAGAAGACUGAUGCUUCAGAAAACUCGACUGUAUUACAAGCCAAUCCAGCCGCACUAUCCAGGUCACUAAACUUCCACGAGAACUCAUAAGCAGGUAAUCGGGAGGUCAUACUUGUUAAUUGUGAUGACAAUUCCUCCCAAGAAUUGUUCAGCCGAUGAAACUUCUUAAUCCUAUCUCUGCAAAUCUUAAAAGUGGAUGCCCGUAAUUCUUCUCGAGAUCAGACAAAUCUGCUGUUAAUUUUGUUUUCACAGUUCUAUUUUUUAUUCUAUAUUUAUUUUGCUGUUGAGAAAGAAGGUGCUUUUUGGUAGGUAGGUGGCUUGCUAGGUUCUUACUGUCUAGUCGAUGUAUAUACCUGUAUUCGAUAUAGUGAGAGCUAGAGUGCUUUGUGUACCGAAAUCACCAACACUGAAAGUAGUUUGGAGAUUGAUUAAAAGGUCUUUUUCUUUACAAUCUUAUUCGCACUUCAUAUUUGUGCAUCUUGAUCUGUUCUACCAAUGCACAAGAGUAGAGAUGCAAUCUGUUAUCUGUCAUCUGCAGAUUAUUGUAUCGACUUGUUCAUGACAGAAUGCAUUAUUGUGCAUCAACGAAGCUUACUUGCCAUGUUCAACACUGUUCUUCAAUAUAUUCGUCUUCUUAAUUACCAGAAUUCGAGUGAAUCGAAGCAACCUGGAUCGAAAGAUGAACAUGUUUUUGGCCUCCUGAGGUUUUCAUAUGUUUCUGGCCUCUUUGGAGAGGGAGAGGUUGAUGAAGCUGAGGUGCAAGCAAACAGAGUUUGAUGUCUUUGAUGAUAAUAAAAGGGAGGAGGAUCAAUGUUAUGGAAACUCUUGUAUAGUUUUCUAUGCAUGUUGAUUUAGAUAUAUGUAUAGUAAGUUGUGUAUAUUAUUUUUAUGGUUUA